AUGGAGGAAGACUUAGUAGCUCAGUACUUUGAACCAGUCGAAGAAGGCUACUUAGAAGAGAACUUUGAGAUCCUGGAGGAGAUUGGAAAGGGAGCUUUCAGCAAGAUUUAUAAAAUUCAGGAGAAGAAGAAUGACAAAAUCAUGGCUGUCAAGUCAAUAGAUAAAUCCAAGGUUAAAUAAACUAGAGAGAGUCAUUACAGAAGCCAGGUUCUAUAGCAGGUUUAAUGAUAAAUCCAAUCCUGAAGAGUUUAAGGAGACUGAGAUUAGUAAAUUUGUAGCAACUCAGCUCCACAAGCCUCUCCAUUGUCCGAAUUACUACUAUAUUUUUAUGCAAUUUUAUGAGAGAGGAGACUUGUAUCAGUACUGAGAAGCUAAACAAGGGCUUCUUGAGGAAGAAGCCAAGUUUGUCACAAGAAAUCUAAUAGAAAUCCUGAUGUUACUUCAUCAAGAAGGAAUCGUUGUUAGGGAUAUAAAGCCUGAAAAUUGAGUCAUUGAUGAUCAAGGAAUUAUCAGACUUAUAGAUUUUAACCAUGUUGCCUUCCUUGAAGAUUCUCCAGAUGGAAAACUUUAUGAAACAACCGGCACAAUGGGAUAUAUGUCUCCAGAGGUACUCAAAGCUAAAUAAAAGUGGAUAUGCAACAGAAGCAGAUAUUUGGUGAUUAGGGUGAUUAAUUUAUGUGAUAUUAAGUGGAAAGCUUCCAUUCCAAGGAAGCGAGAAGAUUUCUAUAAAUGCAGCGAUUCUUUUAAAUCCUAUUAAAUAUUACAAGUAUUGGUCAAAAGAACUUAAGGAUGUGCUGAGUAAAAUCUUUAUCAACUCUCCAAAACAUAGGAUUACCCUCAAAGGCAUCCUUGAGCACCCUUGGAUGGAAGAUUUCGAUCAAGAUUGGGAAGAUUUAGCUGAAAAUUCCCCACUCAAAAACACAUCCCCGAACGACCUAUCCCAAAAACUCACCUUAAUAGACGACUCUACCUCAAUCACCCUCAAAAAGCCUACCGACGAGCACCACGCGAAAUCCAAGAUCCUUUCAGCCAUAAAAAUCCCGACUGAGACCCCCUCAAAACCCGACUCUGAAGGCCAAAUUUACAAAAGGGAAUAUUCCUUCGGUUAAUGACUCAGCC